GUGUGGAGCAGCCGCUCGGCGGGGCUGGUGUCGAGCAGCCGCCCGGGUCUGCCCCGGUCCCGGUCCCGGCCCGGCCCGGUCCCGUCUCUCCGGCUCGGGUCGCGUCGUGUGGGCCGGAGCCUCCAGCGGCAGCAGCCCCGCGGAGGGGCCGUGUGCGCAGGGAGGGAGGGGGAGUCCACCGCCUGCUCCGCGGAGCCCAUCCCCGCCGUGACGGGCUCCAGCCCACACACGCUCCGGCGGACACCGACAGAGACGCGGAGAGAUGACGGCGCGGAGAGACGCCUCUCGGCCGCGGAGCAGCGCUCGCCUCCCGGAGAGGAAGGGAGCGGCGGAGCGGGGAAACAAGGCGAAUAACCCCGACUGGUUUUGUUCCUCCCCUCGACAGGAGCCGGAGAAAGGGCCGGUGUCCGCGGCGGGGAUCCAUGCCCAUGUGGUGGGCGCUGUCGCCGGCUCCGGGGCCGCGGACGAGUCCUCUGACAGCGAGGCGGAGCAGGAAGGCCCCCAGAAGCUGAUCCGGAAAGUGUCCACCUCCGGACAGAUCCGGAGCAAGACGAGUAUAAAGGAGGGACUGCUGCUGAAACAGACCAGCUCGUUCCAGAGGUGGAAGAAACGCUACUUCAAGCUGAGAGGCCGAACUCUCUACUACGCCAAAGACGCCAAGUCCCUUAUCUUUGACGAGGUGGACCUAUCGGACGCCAGCGUUGCAGAGUCCAGCACAAAGAAUGUCAACAACAGCUUCACAGUGAUCACUCCGUUCCGUCGGCUCAUCCUCUGCGCUGAGAACAGGAAAGAGAUGGAGGACUGGAUCAGUUCGCUGAAGUCCGUCCAGUCCAGAGAGCAUUACGAGACGGCACAGUUUAAUGUGGAACAUUUCUCAGGGAUGCACAACUGGUACGCCUGCUCCCACGCACGGCCCACCUUCUGCAACGUCUGUAAAGACAGCUUGUCCGGGGUCACGUCCCACGGCCUCUCCUGCGAAGUUUGCAAAUUCAAAGCCCACAAACGCUGCGCGGUCAGAGCCACUAACAACUGCAAAUGGACGACUCUGGCCUCCAUAGGGAAGGACAUCAUCGAGGACGAGGACGGGAUUGCGAUGCCUCACCAGUGGCUGGAAGGGAACCUGCCCGUCAGUGCCAAGUGUGCCGUGUGUGAUAAGACGUGUGGCAGCGUGCUGCGGCUGCAGGACUGGCGCUGCCUCUGGUGCAAAGCGAUGGUGCACACAGCCUGCAUGGACCUGUACCCUCGCAAGUGUCCUCUGGGUCAGUGCAAAGUGUCCAUCAUCCCUCCCACAGCGCUCAACAGCAUUGACUCAGACGGCUUCUGGAAGGCCACCUGUCCUCCGUCAUGUGCCAGUCCCCUCCUGGUUUUUGUCAACUCCAAGAGCGGCGACAACCAGGGAGUGAAAUUCCUGCGGCGCUUCAAGCAGCUCCUCAACCCGGCACAAGUGUUUGACCUGGUCAACGGGGGGCCGCACCUCGGGCUGCGACUGUUUCAAAAGUUUGACAACUUCCGGAUUCUGGUGUGCGGGGGGGACGGCAGCGUGGGCUGGGUCCUCUCAGAGAUCGACAAACUCAAUCUACACAAACAGUGCCAGCUGGGGGUGCUGCCGCUGGGCACGGGCAACGAUCUGGCUCGGGUCCUGGGCUGGGGCCCGUCCUGCGACGACGACACCCAGCUGCCCCAGAUCCUGGAGAAGCUGGAGAGGGCCAGCACCAAGAUGCUGGACCGCUGGAGCAUCAUGACCUACGAGAUCAAGAUCCCGCCCAAGCACAGCUGCCCUACCACGCCCGAGGGAGUCGACGACUGCCAGUUUCAUAUUUCUACCUAUGAAGACUCAGUAGCUGCCCACCUCACAAAGAUCCUCAACUCCGAGCAGCACUCUGUGGUCAUCUCCGCCGCCAAGAUCCUGUGUGAAACGGUGAAGGAUUUUGUUGCCAAAGUGGGAAAAGCUUAUGAGAAGAGCACAGAAAACACAGAUGAGUGUGACACCAUGUCUCUCAAAUGUGCCGUCCUGAACGAGAAGCUGGACUCGCUCCUCCACGCCCUCAACUCCGAGAGCCAGGCUCUGCCGCCGCUGCCCCACUCCACUCCUCCUAUAGUGGAGGAGGAGCAGGAGGAGGAGGAGGAGGAUGAGGAGGAGGAGGCCAGCGAAGAGAGCCUGACGGAGCUGAAGGAGAAGCUGGAGGAAGAGGAGACGGAGAAAGGAGGACGAGGAGGCAGCUCCCAACACCAGCUGUUCAAGAGCAGGGAGCAGCUGAUGCUCCGGGCCAACAGUCUGAAGAAAGCUGUGAGACAGAUCAUAGAGCAGGCGGAGAGAGUGGUUGACGAGCAGAACGCCCACACGGACGACACCGAGAUGCCGUCUUCCCUCGAGUUCAGGAAAGACAGCGAGGAGGAGAACAGGGACAGCGAGAAGGAUGAAGACACCAAGGAGCUGGAGUCGCUGCCAUCUGCCAAGAGUCCCUGUUCUCCGAUGGAGAGGAGGGUGAGCCGCAGCACUCAGUCCUACGGCUCCUUCACCAUCACGCCAUUCACCACCAGCAAGGAGAACCUGCCCGUGCUCAACACACGCAUCAUCUGCCCUGGCUUGCGGGCAGGUCUUGCUGCCUCCAUCGCCGGCAGCUCCAUCAUUAGUAAGAUGCUGCUGGCGAACAUCGACCCUUUCGGCGCCACACCCUUCAUCGACCCCGACCUGGAUUCUCUGGAGGGCUACAUGGAGAAGUGCGUGAUGAACAACUACUUCGGAAUCGGCCUGGAUGCUAAAAUCUCGCUGGAGUUCAACAACAAGCGAGAGGAGCAUCCAGAGAAAUGCAGGAGUCGGACCAAGAACAUGAUGUGGUACGGAGUGCUGGGCACCAAGGAGCUUCUGCAGAGAACCUACAAGAACCUGGAGCAGAAGGUGCAGCUCGAGUGUGACGGACAGUACAUCCCCCUGCCCAGCCUUCAGGGUAUCGCCGUGUUAAACAUUCCCAGCUACGCAGGCGGGACAAACUUCUGGGGCGGCACCAAGGAGGAUGACAUCUUCUGUGCUCCGUCGUUCGAUGAUAAGAUCCUGGAAGUUGUGGCCGUGUUUGGGAGCAUGCAGAUGGCCGUUUCCCGAGUCAUCAAACUGCAACACCACCGCAUUGCACAGUGUCGGACCGUGAAGAUCACGAUCCUGGGCGAUGAAGGAGUUCCCAUCCAGGUGGACGGGGAGGCCUGGAUCCAGCCGCCCGGCGUCAUCAAGAUCCAACACAAGAACCGGGCUCAGAUGCUCACCAGAGACCGGGCGUUUGAGAACACGCUGAAGUCGUGGGAGGACAAGCUGAAGUACGACAAGCCUCCUCUGCGGCCUCACCUCUACCCUCAGCAGUCUGUGGACCUGGCGACCGAGGAGGAGGCCGCCAUGGUGCAGAUGUGCGCCCGAGCUGCAGAGGAGCUCAUCACCAGGAUAUGUGAGGCUGCAAAGACCAACGGGCUUUUAGAGCAGGAGCUGGCUCACGCUGUUAACGCUGCGUCACACGCCAUCAACAAGACGCACCCCAAGUUCCCAGAGAGUCUGGCGAGGAUCACAGCUAUCGAGGUGGCCAGCACCGUCAAAGCUCUGUACAACGAGACCGAGUCUCUGCUGCUGGGCAGAGUCUCUCUGCAACUGGACCCACCAGAGGAGGAGCAGCUGUCCAGUGCUCUGCAGAGCGCGGAGCUGGAAAUGGGCAAACUGGGAGAGAUCCCGUGGCUCUACCACAUUCUGCAGCCUAACGACGAGGAGGUUGACUGUGCUUAUGUACCAGGACCACUCUCUGGGUUACGGCAAGAGGAACAGUCGCAGCAGCAUGUUUCGCAUAGUCCCCAAGUUCAAGAAGGAGAAGGCCGCCAAGAAGACGAGUCCUCAGUCAGUGGAAAGAUGGGGCCCAGAGGAGGUGGGCGUCUGGCUGGAGCAGCUGAGUCUGGGCGAGUACAGGGACACCUUCAUCCGCCACGACAUCCGAGGCUCGGAGCUGCUGCACCUGGAGCGGCGGGACCUGAAGGAUCUGGGGAUAUCGAAAGUGGGUCAUAUGAAGAGAAUUCUCCAGGGAACUAAAGACCUGGCCAAGGCCUCCAUGGUGGACCUCUAACCCAGGAGCUGGAGCGACUGGUGGGGGGGGGGGACAAGAAACCAACUCUCCCCUCAGUGUGUCAGUGGAAGAGUUUGGCAGCGUCGUGAAGGAGAAGAGAGGAACUGAAGGAGAGGAGCUGGAGUGUUCCUCUCUGCUGAGGCGGGACCUUUGUGACGUUGUGAACAACUUGCGCAUGUUUGUUUGUGCUCCGGUGCCAAUGGAGGAAGCUGAAGGAAGUUGCAACAGGAAGUCGUGGAUCUUCACAAACAAACAAACAAACAAACAAAAAAGCCAUUUCUGAGUUAAUAACCAUUUCUAGCACACAACCAGGUAUGCAACUAACCAUUACUGUUCACAGGCAACUCGCCGUCUGGGUUCCCAUAAACUAACAAGUAGCAAAACCAGGACUUCCAUGAGUGUGGGUUUAGUUUGAGUUCAGGUCAGAGUGUGUGACGACGUUUGCUGGAUCUCACGUCACACGGCUGCAGACAGGGAGGAGGAACCUGGAAGGUUUCUGUCGCAUGCUAUGCUCGCUCAACCUUAGAUACGUUUAACUGCAUGAGUAGUGUCUUGGUUUUUUUCGUGUGCUAAAUAACACUUGAACAAGUUUUACAUGACUUAAGUAUUACGAUGCCAUUUGUUACUACUGAAAAGCAUCUUUCUGGUCUCAAUCAAACCUUCUUUCUAGCUUUAAUUUAUUUUGUUUGCAUGACGAUGACGUGUCAAUGAUUUGUGUCAAGUGCCAUUUCUUCGGUCAUUUCGUGUGAACUGUGCUUUACUGGUAGACGUCAUAAGAACUUUUAUCUUUAUUUGAGAGAAGCUGUUGUUGAGGUUUGAGUAUAUGGAUUUAAUAUCUGUAAGUUGACAUCAGAACCAAAGUGAAUGUCUAUGAAACAUGAUCGUCUGAUGACUCUGUUCAGAACGCAACUCUUUUAUUUAACAGACCAGUAGAUCUUAGGUCUUAUUUCCAUUUGAAGUUUAGGUUUAGUCAGAAAGUUAAACCACAUAGACUGUGGGGACGUUUGUUUUUAGGAAAACUUAAAAGGCACUUUUUACUUCUUGCUUCAUGCAAGUGCAAAAUCCUCAUAUCAUAGAAUUAACACUUCACCUCAACCUUUUUACUUUUGGCAAUGUAACGCAGUAUUUAACACUAAUGAGAAUAGGAGUUAGAUAUUGGUUUUGAGUAUAUGUACACAGUAAUACUACAGCUGAUCUGCAGCAGCCUGCAUAGCAACUAGUUCAACUACUUUUACUUCAACUAAUUUAAAGUAAGUUUCUUCUAAGACUGGUGGCAUUACAGGGUAUAUUUCCACAUGUGUCCCCAUAUAUAUAUAUAACUAAAUAUAUAUAUAUACACGCACUGUAUAUACAGUAUACCAGUGUAUGCAAACAAUGUUUGUAGGUGUUGUAGUCUAAUGGAUUUGUAUAUUAUUGCUGACAUGGCAUGCAUUGUCCACAGCUUACACAUUUGAUUGUGUAUAUUACACCAUGACGAGUGUGUAUAGUUGAUUUUGUUCUAAUCUCUUGUACAUGAUGAUGCUGUUGUAUUUUAAUGAUGGUGCAAUAUUUGAUCUCUUGUUUUGAUACUUGUCUCUGCAGCUUUCUGACAUGAUGGAGAAAAAAAACCUUGAAAGAGUUUUUUUGUACACGUUUCUCCUCCUCGCGGUUUGAGGAUUAGAUUUUAAAAGCUUAGACCCACAGACAGAUGUUUUCUAACGGACUCCACGUUUCUUCCAGCAGUUCACUAGUUUGUAGUUUUGCUCCUCUGUGCUUCCAGGAUGAUACACUACAGUGGGACUGUGUCAGUGAAUGAGUCGAGUGGGCAGACACGACUGUUGUGUGUUUCUAAUGUGUAUCACGACGUGUUAGUGUGUGUUUGGGUGUGUGUUCUACGACAGUGGCAUAUUUGACCUCGUACCAUCACUAACUUCCUCUUUCGGAGAAUCAUUUCUUGCUCGUACGUCGGUUUUUAUUCUUUCUGUUUCCAUCAUGUAUAAAAUAGUUUUUUUAGAUAAAUAUCGAGUGUUAAAAGCCAACGAGACGCACAAGUCCCCCCAUUAUCUCAAAUAACCGAAUGUGAGCGAAUCAGUUUGUGGGAAGUCGUGUACUGUCCCUGACACCCCAGUAGAGGGCAGUCCAUCCUGUCUCUCAUUGUCAAACAGGCUGAUUUUACAGAGACAAUCAGUUCAAACCUUUAUAUUCAGUAGAAUCGUGCACAUUGACGUGCACGAGACGUUCAGCCUAUAAACCUAACUCCAGUCGUAGAUGAUGUUUUUUCACGUAUGCACUAAUGCUCAUCCUGCAACUCAUAGCCAAAGAUACAGUAGGUGUUAGUCACUAGAAACCACUAAUUUAAAAACGUCACAGAUCAUUUCCCCAGACAGAACAGAACUAUGCCUUUAAUUUAAUUAGCAGAUUUACACUCAUUGUAAUGACUGUCGGCCUUUUUGCGAUUCCAGAAACUCUGCGUAUAGGUUUUACCUGAGUUGAAGCCUUUGUGUUCUUACAUGUGCUUUACUGGAGCAGUGUGGUGGAACUGCUGUUCACUGCCUUGCUCCUGCAGUGCAUCGUGGUCAUGUGUGUGUCUACGUUUGUCCAAAGUGUCUGCCGGCCGGGUUCAGUCAAACAGAGAGUUUUGGGCCCCAGACUCCAGGCAGGAUCACGCCUGACCUUCCCCUGCAGAGCGGAGAGUGGGCGUCCCUCGCUGUGUUUCCAGUGGUCUGUAAAUAAUGCUGCAAACUGCCUGGUUUUAAAAACCUGUCCCCCAUGCGAGGAUCUCUAGAAGACAGAUUAACACUUAGUCUUGGACUCGGCUCCUAAAGUCAUGGGAGAAAAGUGAAUUUCAUUUGUUUACAUUAUGUUUACAAUGGCACAGUUUUAAUUUGUAAGAAUAUAUAUGUAGGUAUAAACAACAUUUGCAUAUUUAUUGCCUAAGGUUAAAUGAUAUGACGUGUAUUGUGUUUUCACAUUUGGAAUAUAAUGUUACAGUUGUCACCUGUAUUACUCUCUGGAUGAUUUUGGUAAAGUAGUUGAUCAUUUCUAUGACUACUAAGUGACUGUUUUCUGUGCCUUUUUAUGGUUAGAAUGCAUGGUUAACUAUUUAUUACGAUUUGGAGUCACCGAGAUGUGUAUUUUUGUAUUCCGAAUAAAUAAAUGGUUGAGCUUUUGUUGUACAUUUGUAAGGUGCCUUAAAACAGGCUACCUAUUCAUAUCUCUCUUCUUCAAUAAAACCAAAUACAUAUGCAGUGUG